GUAUCCCACGGCAUAGCGUAAACAUUCGGUUAUCUAUAAUAUUAGUAUGAAAACAAUAUCGUAUAUAAGCACACGCGUAUCGUCUCUGUCUGCAAGUAUAAGCUUUAAAACAGAACAUGAAUUGGAAUAUUUCUGCGUUCAUAUUAAUUGUCGCCACGUUCACUGCUCAUAAUUCACAAGCGUGGGUUUAUUUUGUACAUAUUUACGUUAGUCCAUGUGGAUCAGACAGAUACACAGGUGCCAGUGAACGGUAUCCACUUAAAACUAUUCCACGUGCUCUCGGGUAUAUAAACAGUGCCGACAACAGAGAUAAAAAUAUUGUAAUAGAAUUAAUGUGUGGAACAUGUGGCGAUACUUGCUAUUUUGACUUGAAGUCGACAUUGGUCAUCACAAAUACCGGAAAAAGAACACUAACUAUCAGAGCAUACAAAGCCGACAACGUACGCAUUACUGGUGGAGCAAGAAUACCGUGGUAUGCAUUCAAACCAGUAACUGAUUCUGUAAACCUACAAGAUGUGGCAAAACGAAACGUGCUUCAAGUACACUUACCUGAUGUUGGUAUUACUGAUCUGGGAGAAAUUUCAACUUUUGGGUAUUACUUUAGACGAACGUCAUUUUUAGAGAUAUUUGAGAACGAUAAACCUGGCAGGCUGGCAAGAUAUCCCAACGAGGGUUAUAUCAACAUUGAUACCCCAGGUGCAGAUUACAAAUCGUUCACAUACGUGUCAGACAGACCAAAGACAUGGCAGAACGAGACAGAUAUAUGGGUUCACGGAUUCUGGUAUUGGGGUUGGGCUGAUAGAAGUUACAAAGUUACAGAGCUGGACGCGGAGAAGAACUCUCUCGCAGUUUCGGACAGAGUUAUGUAUGGAAUAAGAAAAGGACAUUAUAAUCAUGCGAAUCCUACCGAAGGUGGUUAUCACAAACAAGGAGGACACUUCAGAUUUCUAAACGUAUUAUAUGAACUUGAUUCACCUGGUGAAUUUUAUGUGGAUAGGAUAAACCAGAUACUAUACGUAUGGCCAUACAAAAAUUCUAAGUAUGUGUUUGGUGACGUCAUACAGACAUCAAUAAUUGAUACAUGUAUCAAAAUAAGUGACUAUUCAUCAAACAUACUUUUAAAGGGAUUUACGAUUGAAGCCUGUCGAAAACACGGAAUAGAAGCAAAAAGGGUUGAAAAUGUAGAAUUCUCUGAAUUAACGAUUCAAAACUUAGGCUCAUAUGGUAUAGUAGCUGACGGAAAACAAGUAAAGAUUGACCGAUGUGAGAUUAAGAACACAGAUGGUGGGAUCGAUAUAUCAGGUGGAAUUCGCGAAACAUUGACACCAUCAGGUCAUGUGAUCUCAAAUAAUGUCAUAUCAAACUUUGGAAGAGUCGGUUAUGUCGGAAGUGACGGUGUCAACCUUAGAGGAGUUGGUAUACAUAUUCAUCAUAAUACUUUUGACACAGGAUCCUACACAGGAAUUCACUGGGCGGGAAAUGACCAUACGUUUGAAUAUAACCACCUCUAUAAGAUGUGUACUACAGCCAGUGAUUGUGGUGCAUUUAUGGCCGGCCGGGAAUGGACAUGGAGAGGAAACCAGAUAAGAUCCAAUCACAUCCAUGGUACAAAAAGUACAAUACCUGGCGCUGACGUCCGAGGGAUAAUGUUGGAUGACCAGUUAUCUGGAAUACAUAUCGAACACAAUGUUUUUGUUAAUAAUGACGUUCACUGUAACAUCGGAGGAGGACGAGACAAUAUAGUCAGGUCAAACAUCUUCUAUAAUGCUUCCAAGUAUUCUAUGCAGUUUGAUUCCAGAGGGAAAUUUGGAGGAGGACAUACACUGGGUACCUUAACGGCAUUGCUCAAGAGAGUACCAUAUGAAGAUAAGUUAUGGAGUGAAAGGUAUCCAGAACUUGCCUCAAUACUGAAUAGCACCAGUAGCCCUGGUAAUCCAGAAAAUAAUAUAAUUGUGAACAAUGUGUUUUAUUCAAAACAUAUAAAAGCAAUAGAUGGAAACAAAUAUGGAUCUAACUGGUUCUUAGUGGCUGACAAUAUAUAUACAUCUGUUAACGAAAACUUCGUUGCCCCAGUAUAUGGAAAUUUUAGACUCACCUGCAGUUUGAAAGACGUCAAAAUUAGUGCACCAGUGACAGCAAAUGAAGUUGGACCAAGAGAUACAGUGGGACCAAUAGCAAUUCGACAUAUGUCAGCAGCACCAGGCUUUGCAGUAGGCACUCCACGUACACAGAUAACAUGUCCACAAUCACUGCCACCAGUGAAGCCACCGAGAGAACUGUAUCUAUCAGAUGGAUCAGCACCUAACCGUAUCUAUAGCGAUGUUCCAAAGCAAGGAUGUUGGUUUAGAUUUGAAAUGUGUCCAAACCAUGUUCAACGUAUUAGUAUACCAUCAAGGCCAUAUUACCGUUAUGAAACCAACGACGGAGCUGAAACAAAUGAAACUAUAUGCCUGGAUUUAACAACAAAAAUGAUGCAAGAAUGUGGAAAUGGGGCAGAAUUCUCAAUUAUAUAUGGACCGACAGGUGCAAUGACAGUUGGGGGUGAAGGUUGUUUCUUCGCCUGGUACGGAUGUCCACGAGUAGGACUAUAUAGAUCUCGUAUAGAAAGAGAUAAUUGGGCCGAGCGACAUGUGAAUGGUGCUUACGAUGAAAAAGCUUGUCUUAAUCGAGCGUUUCCACAAUGGCGAUAUUGUGGUUUAAAUACAUCUUAUCCGGUAGUCAGCAUCUUUAAACCAACAGGCCAUUUCAAAGUUUCCGGUGGUGGAUGUUAUAUCAAACCAGAUAAAUGUCCUGGAAACUCAAGUUUAGAACGUAUGUUUUAUGACGGUGACGGAGCUGCAAACUACGGAACAGAUGACAUGAUGGAAAGUUGUUUUGAAAGAGCUGAAUAUUUUUGGAAACAGUGCGGUAGUGAUCUACGAUAUCCAGUAACAGCCUUCUUCAGACCAGAAGGAAAAUCCAGUCGAUAUCCUCGAUAAAGCCUCUUUAGCAA